CCCAAAACACUACUCCCUCUCUCUCCAUAUAUCCCUCUGAAACCCUAGAAUCUCGGAAACACAUUCCUCUCUCCAACCUAGGGUUUUGAAAUCUCUGAAACACCUUUCUCUCCUCUUUUCGGUCACUUUUCUCUCGAAAUGGCGCAGCUUCCAUGCGACCGCGGCGACGGAGUUUGUUCGCGAUGCAAGGCGAUUCCCCCGGCGGAGGAAUCUCUCACGUGCGGUCUCUGCGGUACGCCUUGGCACGUGCCCUGUCUGUCUUCCCCACCUGAAUCCCUUGCCUCCACUCUCCAGUGGCACUGCCCUGACUGUACCGGCGAAGAAGAUCCUCUCCCUGUUACCGGAAAUGCGGAUGGUGGCUCAGAUCUCGUAGCGGCGAUUCGCGCGAUUGAGGCCGAUAAGUCCUUGACUGACGAAGCUAAGGCUAAGAAGAGGCAAGAGCUACUGAGCGGUAAAUCCGUCGGUGACGAAGACGAGAAGAAGAGUGCGGGUCCAGAUUCUGGUGUUUUGGCCGCUCUCGGAGUGAACUUGAAGUGUGCUUUCUGCCUUCAGUUGCCUGAGAGACCCGUCUCGAUAAAUUGCGGGCAUAACUUUUGUUUGAAAUGUUUUGACAAGUGGAUUGGUCAAGGGAAUCGGACUUGUGCAAAAUGCCGCUGCCUCAUUCCUGAAAAAAUUGCAAAAAAUCCCCGAAUUAACUCUUCCCUUGUGGCUGCGAUUCGUCUUGCUAAAGUCUCUAAAAGUGCUGCUGCGGGUACUGCAAAAGUUUUUCAUUUCAUAAGCAACCAAGACAGACCAGAGAAGGCAUUUACAACUGAUCGCGCGAAGAAAACUGGCAAGGCAAAUGCUGCCAGUGGCAGGAUAUAUGUUACGAUACCUCCGGAUCAUUUUGGUCCUAUACCAGCGGAAAAUGAUCCUGUCAGAAACCAAGGUGUUUUGGUUGGAGAAUUCUGGGAGGAUAGGUUGGAGUGUAGGCAGUGGGGGGCUCACUUCCCACACGUUGCUGGCAUUGCUGGACAAUCCAAUUAUGGAGCUCAAUCUGUGGCGCUCUCUGGAGGUUAUGAAGACGACGAGGACCAUGGAGAAUGGUUUCUCUACACAGGAAGUGGUGGAAGAGACCUUAGCGGCAACAAAAGGACUAACAAGGAUCAGUCGUUUGACCAGAAGUUCGAAAAGUCAAAUGAAGCUUUACGAGUCAGCUGCAAAAUGGGUUACCCUGUUCGUGUUGUCAGGUCUCACAAAGAGAAACGUUCUGCUUAUGCCCCUGAGGAAGGAGUGAGAUAUGAUGGGGUUUACAGGAUUGAGAAGUGCUGGCGAAAAGUUGGAAUACAGGGUUCUUUUAAGGUCUGUCGUUACCUUUUUGUAAGAUGUGACAAUGAAGCCGCUCCGUGGACUAGUGAUGAGCAUGGAGAUCGUCCAAGACCCUUGCCAAACAUUCCAGAGCUUAAGAUGGCAACAGAUGUGUUCGAAAGAAAGGAAAGUCCAUCAUGGAAUUUUGAUGAAGCUGAAAGUCGUUGGACAUGGAUGAAGCCUCCACCUGCUAGUAGAAAGGCAGUUAAUGUUUUGGAUCCUGAGGAGAAGAAGAGAAUGAGGACAGCCAUUAAGGCGGCACAUUCGAAUACCGUGCGAGAGAAACUUCUGAAAGAAUUUAGUUGCCAAAUCUGCAAGCAAGUAAUGAGUCUCCCUGUGACAACACCUUGCGCUCAUAACUUCUGCAAGGCAUGCCUUGAAGCUAAGUUUGCUGGGAAAACUGUUUUGAGAGAAAGAAGCAGAGGUGGACGGACACUUCGUGCGCAGAAGAACAUAAUGAACUGCCCUUGCUGCCCAACCGACAUUUCUGACUUUGUCCAGAACCCUCAGGUGAACAGAGAAGUAAUGGAGGUGAUAGAGAAGCUGAAGAACAAUGAUGAAGGUGAAAGCGCAAGUGUUGAUGAAAAUGAAGAAAAUGGUGAGUCAGAGUCUGCAGAAGAAACUCCAGUUGUGACUGAAGAAGCUGAACCACCGAGUAAAAAAACCAAACUGGACACUGACACAGUUGUUUCUGCGACUGUGGCGUAAUCUGGCAUAUCGAGCCAUCAGGUAAAAACAAAGGCAAGUUUUUUUUUUGGGAGCCAAAGACUGAAAAACUCUAGUAUCUUAUUGGCUGUUUCGGUACACAACAGUUGUGGAACAUCCGUAUUAUGUUUGGUAAAUAGUCUCGAACUAUAAAACUUAAGAGCUUGUUUUGACAAA